AUGGAGAUAAUGAAUUACCACAAGACUUUUCUUGACCUGAGCUUUGCAGAGGUUCCUACGAUGCGACGUAGCCAGAGCCUUCCGCCUGCGACAUUUUGGGCCGCAAGCAGAGCCGACUUCUCAAAGACCGCAUAUGCUGAGUCCCUCAUGUGCCGUGCAGCUGAAGCCUUUUCGUGGCCGGUUCACGUCAACGAGAAUUUGGGCAGCCUUGGUCAUCCAGAGAUCUGCGGAAGUCCCUGCAUUCGCUUUUACUAUGGAAGCUGCAAGAAGGGCAUGGACUGCCAAUUCUGCCAUUUGGAACACGAGGCCUCCAAGAAGAAGUUGGACAAAAUGCAACGGCAUUGCUUCGAGUCCAUGACAGAAGCGCAGGUUCUGGCCGUGCUCCUCUUCCACAUGGAGAGACGAUGUCAGAAGAAAGACAUCACAGAUCAGAUGAUUCUGAUCUUGAGCUGCGUGCGACGGCGCUUGAAGCUUCUUCCAGAACCCCAACUCACUCCUGAGAUGACAGCGACUUUAUCCAAAGCCUUCAACAAGUUGACCGUUGGGCGAUUGCUGGAUUUGGUGAAACAGAGCCGAAGCGUCUCCCACCCUUUCAAAGCCGAGCUCCAAAGCAUUGUGGCGCGCACAGCCUGCUGUGCCCGAUGA